GGAGGAGACAUGCGGCACAGGGCAGGGACGUGCAAGGUCUGCCUCCGUUGCGCGGAAAACUCGGCCGCCGUCUGGAGAGGCUGCAGGGAUUGGAAACCCCGACGGUGCCACCGUGGCCUCAGGCUGCGCGGCGCUUCCCUGCCCUUCGGCCCGCGGGAAGGGAAAGCUGGACGCCUCUCAGGCAGAAAGAGCAACUGCAGGGGAGGCUCCGGAAGCGGGCGGGACGCUUAGCGACAGAAGAAAGGCUUCCCGGAACGAAAAGGCGGGGAAUCGCUAGGCAGCCGAGCCCCGCGGAGGACGGACAGGAAGUUGGGGUUUCGGCCCGCCCCUUCCGGCCACCUCAGUCCGUCCCGGGGGCUGCGGAGCAACGUCGAGAUGGUGCUCCUCACGAUGAUCGCGCGGGUGGCGGACGGGCUGCCUUUGGCGGCCUCCAUGCAGGAGGACGAGCAGUCAGGCCGUGACUUACAGCAGUACCAGAGCCAAGCCAAGCAGUUGUUCCGGAAGCUAAAUGAGCAGUCUCCGACCAGGUGCACCUUGGAAGCAGGAGCCAUGGCUUUUCAUUAUAUCAUUGAGAAAGGAGUAUGUUAUCUGGUUCUAUGUGAAGCUGCCUUCCCCAAAAAACUGGCCUUUGCUUACCUGGAGGAUUUGCACUCAGAAUUUGAUGAACAACAUGGAAAGAAGGUGCCCACAGUGUCGAGACCCUAUUCGUUCAUUGAAUUUGACACUUAUAUCCAGAAAACCAAGAAACUUUAUAUUGACAGUCGUGCAAGAAGAAACCUGAGCUCCAUAAACACAGAAUUACAGGAUGUGCAGAGGAUCAUGGUAGCCAACAUUGAGGAAGUCUUACAGCGAGGCGAGGCACUUUCAGCUUUAGAUUCCAAGGCCAACAACCUGUCCAGUUUGUCCAAGAAAUAUCGUCAGGAUGCAAAGUAUCUGAACAUGCGCUCCACCUAUGCCAAGCUCGCGGCUGUCGCUGUGUUUUUUAUCAUGCUGAUUGUCUACGUGCGGUUCUGGUGGCUGUAAAUAGUUGAUCAGGUACCCAAAAGGGAAAAUGGAUAGCAUAGCAGGUGCAUAGUUGCAAGAGGCCAAGAUCCCAGGACAAUAUAUUAGAAUCACCGUCGGUAUAUCUUACGGUGAAGAUUGUUGCUCCUCUCCAGUGGAUCAGUUCCAAAAUCUUGGAGCCUGAUGCAGAUUAAAGAUUUUUGUUUCCAGAAGUGAUACACUUGAGAGAGAGCUAGCUGUGUCCAUCCCAUUAGUAGUGUUGAUCGGGAUGUAUUGAUCACUCAAGUUUACUGCUAUUCAGUGCCGCUAGCAGUAAGUACAUCCCUUUUGCCUGUACACAAGUCUGUUCCUAGUGCAUAAGGAGUCUAAUGAACAUUCCUGGUCCGGUCUGCAUAUUUUAUUGAGAAUUUGGGUCCUGGUACUUGAACAGCAGUGUCUGUUUGAAGGCUGAAUCUUUAAUGUAAAUAACUGUGUUAGUUUUCAGAUUGUCCACUUAGUGCUGAAUUUUCACUAUGAACUAUCUUGGCUCAUCAUACUUUUACCCAUACAGUAAGUAGAUAUGAUAUUUUGCCUUAACAGCCUGCAUCUAGUGCUAAAUGAAAUGUUACAAAUUGUUGUCAUAGAAUUAAAUUCAGAAUAUGAUCCAUUUUCACUUCAGUUAAAUCUGUUUUAAAACAUUAACAAGAAUGGUACAUUCUCUGUAUAUUUUAGGAGCAGUUACUAAAGCAUCAUCUAUUUCUUUUAUUUAUUUUUUUAUUUUUUUGAAUGGCAAUCUUGUCCACUCGCCCCUCCCACACACACAAUUCCCAACAUGGCUCCCUUUCGCAGAACUUUCACAGAGGUACAAGUCUUAAACUGAGAGUUUGAUAGUCCGUAUCCUGGGAAAGAAAUUAGUUUCCUGGAUCUCAGUCUGUUUUCUGCAUCUGUGAAGCAGAAAUAGUCAUAGUUAUGAUCCAGACAUUUUCUGUGGAGACUAAGCUUUGUAAAGUCCAUUUUGAGGAUUGGCUGCUAUUCUGCGGGAAUAAGCCAAAGGGCCUUCAAACAUUCAUAUAGUCUGAAAAGCAAAUGUGCUGUAUUCCUAGGUGAGAAAUAGUACAACUACCUUCCCAGGUACUCUUAUAAUCUCUGAGGCAAGAUAGCAGGCUGAAUGGUUUGACAACAGAUCUUGUCCUGGGGUCUGGAUGAGAGCUCAUGUCUAGCUGGCACAUAGCUGCUGAAUUCCUGGAAGAUUUUGUUUCAACCAAACAUUUGACUUGUAGAAGUCUCUAUGUAACUCGAAAUGCUGGACAGGCAACAGACACUAUUUCUUGAUUAAAGUGUUCCCCAGCAAUGACUGAAACCUCUGAGGCAAGUUGGUUGCUACAGUUCUCAAAUAUUAUUGGUGAAAAAAGCACAUUAAAGUGAAUCUUUGCA